AACCGACCGGGUAUCGCUCACUCUCACCCACAGCAGCAUCUUGCUCCCGCGCGGUCGACAAGGUGUUGCGCCUCGACCGUGCUGGAAAUUUUCGGCCCGCCAGUGUGUCGCUUAGGGUUUGCGCGAACGGAGACGCUUCGGCCCGACGGUACAGUGACGGAGCGCGUCGUCGCAUGGGGUAAUCCAUCCGGCCAAGCACACGGCCAGGGCGUAUCGAUUGGUCAGCGAAAACCAACAAAAAAGAAAAAACAAAAAAACAAAAAUCUCAGGCAAGCUCAAACCCGCAGCAGCCGGACCGAUCCGAACAGUGCAGAAAUAGCCUACCCCGGGGGAAAGGGGGAGUGAGGGGUUGUGUUGUGCUAGUGGGGCGCAAGGACGAGUGAGGAUACAAGAAGCAAGCAAGAACAAUCACACGCACACACACACACACACACACACACACACACACACACACACACACACACACACACACACACACACACACACACACAAGAACAAACACACAUACAGACGCAGUAGAGUGAGCAAAAAAACAGUAAAUCCUGAGCUUUCAUCCUGACUCCUCUGUGAUGCUGUGAGUGAAGCAAGGAAAGAGAGAGAGAGAGAGAGAGCAGAGAGAGAGCGAGAGAGAACGGGAGGAAUAGAAAGGCAGUGCGAGGGAAUAGGUGAAAACAUAACCGUGUCUGCAGGGAGGUAAGGGAGGGCCAAAUUCCGACGGGUUUUAAGACGUAGCGGAACAGUUUUUAACCACUCGGAACUUCGGCAACUGCGGAUCCAUCCACCGCAUGUAUACGUAUCGCUGGAGCAGAUUUAUAUGUAUACUGAUGCAGGCAUCUUGCUUCCGGCUGUCCAGUGACAGGAUCCUCGACUCAUCGAUCAAUUAAGAAUCAAUCAGCGUGAUUAACCGAUACGCAGUGCGAGUCGAAGAGACGCCACAGUGACAGCACAGCAGGCCCACCAGUUGUGCGGUCCAGUACAGUACAGGUUCCUUUGAAGACGCGCGGCACCAUCUUAGCCCAAGCGCUGCCAGCAUGGAUUCGUUCUUCCGGCUGCGUCGGUCGUCCCACACGCCCGCGUACAGCCAGGGCGGCCAGGAGCCGCUGAUCGUGGUCGAGGAGUCGGAAAACAAUGAGAAGGAGGAGGAGGCAAGCAAUCAGUCGUCCCAGCGCCAAAGCCUGGACAUCGAGUCGCCGGAGAAUCCGUACUUGCUGUCGCCCUGGCGCGAAACGCGCAAACACUCGCUGCCGACCCCGCCCUGCACCAGCGGCAUCACCGCCAGCCAGGUGCGCCGCCUGUCCGAGCGGGGCGGCGAAGGGUCGGGCCCGUCGCCCCGCGAGCAAGCCUUCCUGGCGACGCUCUACAGCACGCCGGCCCCGCAGCCGGGCGGCCGGCGCCACUCGGUCGUGACGAUCAGCCGCGUGCCGCCCACCAUGUUUGGCCGGAACCGCCGGGAGUCGAUUGCUGCGCUACCGGCCGGCCAGCGCUCGAACGCAAGCUCCCGACGCGAAAGCAAUAUCGGACCGCCGCCAUCGACGGACCACCGAGGUAGUAUACACAAUUUACAGUUAGAUAUAAUGGAUGAUAUAGUACAGGCUAGAAAAGCGCGCAUGAAGCUGUGGAACACGAGCAACGAGCGUGUGUGCGAGGUGCAGACGCUGGACGAGGCCGGCACCGGUUCCAGCUCGCCGAUGCGCUACACCAACCGGCGCUACUCGGACUUUGUCGGUACCGCCCUGCCCCCGAUACAGUCGUUCCGGCGCGCCUCCGAGAUGCCGAUAUCGCCGUGCGGCGCCCCGCUCGUGCCGGGCAGCUCGUUCAACGCGUCGGCCGCCACCGCCACCGGUGCCGCAGCCGCCACAGCCGCCGCAGCUGCCGCCGCCGCCGCUGCCGCCGCCUCCCCGGGCACCGACGCCGCGUCCCCGAAGCCGAAAACGAAGAUGGGUAUCGUGUGCACCAACACUGAUCUGAUAUCUCUCUUAUCGUCUCUAGCCUCGUCUGCGACAGAGAUUAAUCGAUGUGGCGAGAAAGAGCACCCUAGCCCCCUAGCCUCCCACGCGUUUCCGCUCCGGUCGGCGGCCAGGAGCCCGACGGCGGGCCCGUCCGGUGCAGCCGGCGCCGCCGCCGACCCGCCCAAGAGCAAUCUGCAGAAGAAUCGCUCCAACAGUUUUGACAUUUCGCUCUACCAGAAUAUCAAGCAGCUGGCGACCGGGGGCGGCAGCGGUGGCGGCGGGUCGGCCGGUCCGCCCGACGGCUUCGUCGAGUCGGGCUGGUUCGUCAAGCGCCACCAGCCGAUGGCGCGCCGCAAGUCCGCGUCCCGGUCGCCGAGCGCGACCGUCACGUUCGCGCGCGAAACGUUCGACAAGCUGCGGGAGGCCGGAACCGGGCCCGCCCACAAGGAGGAACCGAAGCCGAAGCCGAAGGAGUCCCGCUCGCCGCUGAACAAGCUCAAGUGGGACGGCCGGAGCGCGAUCGUGGACGCGCGCAUGAUCGGGCACGCGAUCGAGAACUUCAUCACCGGCUCGUCCUCGUCGUCCCCGUCCGCGUCGUCGUCGUCGUCCGGUGGCAAGAAGUCGUCCGCCGGGGGCAAGGAGGGCGGGGCCGGCCGGUCCGGCGCGAAGAAGUCGGUCACCUCCAGCUGGUUCGGCAAGGCGGACGAGGACGAGGACUCGAACGACACGUGCGACUCGUCGCUCUGCUCCACGCUGAAGGAUCUGUUCGUGAAGUAAGGUGGGGGCGUGCGGCACCGCACCCACUACCCGAUACACCGAUACCCCGCAUGCCGCAACGCGCCCGCGAACGGAUGAGGCAGCACACACACCGGCGCGCAGACCCGGCUGGACCCGCAACAGGGUCGCCAUGGGCCGGUCGCAUACGUUCGGGGCACGUUCCGGCACAGAUGCCCACCGAUUACACGCAAGCUAGCAGUGCAGGAGAUAUAGGUGUGAGUGUGUGUGUGUGUGUGUGAAUGCGAGUAUGUAUGAAUGAUUGUAUGUGUGUGUGAGAGAAGAGGACGCCAGCAGCGAUCGACAAGAGGACGUGGACGGCGCACACAAUUAACAUUAACCAAUCCCACCAAUGUUAGCAUAGCCUUUUUGGACAUCUACCGAUAUCGUGAACAAGUUUUACUAGGCUAACGGAUCUACUUAAGCAUGUUCGUACGUUGUGCAUUCUCUUAGAGUACUUGUUGUAUUUUGUUGUUGUUGUUGUGUCGGUUCACAUACAAUUUUUCUACGCAAACUCAACACGACUCGCUCAUAGCAAUACUGUUACCACCGUAGCGCGGUGCACGCGAAAAAUGGGACGUUGGUACGCUGCCAAAUUGAUUCCUAGGAAGGAUCGUACGAUUGGUGGCGAGUUUUGCUAGUAAGUUCUAGCACUGUUCCAUUCCGAUCGCUCCAUUUCCCAUUUAUUGCAAAAAAAAAGUUCCCUGUAGUAAUCCCCAAUGGAUUCUGUCCAAUCCCAAAGCAUCUCCCAAAAUGUCCGAUAAGCCCAAAUAAAGCCCUCUCCAAAUUCCUUUGCUGGGGAAUAUCGCAAACAAUCAUCUACUGAUCUUAGGUUUCUGUGAAAUCCCUACAUACCUUAACGUCUCACGAAUAUGCCACGAAUUCCCAGCAACAGGGAUGUUUCACAAAUGACUUCAAAAUGCAUGGAAAUGUUAGGAACUUGCUGGGAAUCGCAGCAAUAUCUAUUUGUUAAGGUACGUCUCUAUUUCUCCAAUUUCCAAAUGUACGUCGGAAGUAUGUCUGAAGAACAUUUCAGCAAUGUCCACGAUCCGCUACAUGACUUUUGAAGUCAUCGUGCCCACUCUGGUUUACUUCCAAAAACUCCACAGGAAUGUUCCACAAAUGACUUCAGAGUGCACGAUGAUGUUAGAAACGUCUAGUUGUUGAGGUACAUCUCCAUUUCUCCAAAGUCCAAAUGUAUUUUGGAAUUAUGUGUAAAGAACAGUUCAGCAAUGUCCACGAUCCGCUACAUGACUUUUGAAGUCAUCGUGCCCACCAAUAUCCCAAUAUUUUCCAAUGAAUAUUAGUACCAGAAAAAUCCAAAUGUUUCGAUGCACUCGCUUUUAAACUUUCCAUCGCUUCCAAGUUGGAAAGAUCGAAUGUCCAAGAAUAUGUCAACAUUAUCCGGACCACUACAUUUCUGCCACUAAACACCUCAUGCCCUCAAGAUCCAGUGUAUCUCAAUAAUGAUUCAAUAGUCUCUUAGCAGUAUCUCACUCAUAUUUCUAGAAUGUCCGGAGAAUGUUUAGUUGUUUCUUUGAGCCUACCGUAUUAAAAACGCCCCAAGAAUAUUUCAAGAAUGUCCUCUAGAAUGUCUCAAUAAUUCCUAUAUAGUAUCUAGGCAAUAUUAUAAGAAUGUACCGAGAGUGUUUCGUCUUUUUUGUAAGCUCUCUUAUUAUCUAACUCCAACACUCCCAGGAAUAUCUCAAGGAUAUAUUCUAAGAAUAUCUCAAGGAUAUAUCCUAAGAAUAUCUCAAGGAUAUAUCCUAAGAAUAUCCCAACGUAAUCUAACUCUCACUCACAUCUAGCGGAUAUCCCCUAGCAUACCCCAACAAUAUCCUAACCCAACCAUGUCCAAUCGUUUCUGUCCAAUUCUGGUCCACCUUAGGCCACCGGUUGAGAUUGACAGCAUGGUCCCGGCACUGGAGCUUCCUCUCCCUCCGUUCCCUCCGUCUGUCCCCAUUCCCCACCCUACCCAUACCAUACUUCCCCGAGCCCAGCUUAGGUUUGGUUUUUGGCCUGUUUUUCCUCGACCGUAAGAGGUACAUUCGCAAACAAACGGGUUACGUGAGACUAAAGCAACAGAUACUGCGAUACUGUAAAACGUUUCGAAUCCAACACCGCCGUACAAACAAAAGUGUGGAAGAGCGAGUGAGGGGAGUUGGAGGUACGCCAAUGUUGUUUUUUCCCCCCUCCGAGAGCAAUUUUGCCCCACCUCACCCAACCCGGUCAGACGGUGCAGCUAAGAGACGGGAGGGGUUGGGAGGGGAGGGGGGGAGCGUUCACUGUACAAGGAUGUUUACAUCUGUUUUUUUUGCAAAAGCGCCCUCACAACACUCCUAGAGACUGUAGAAGUACUUUGUAAGUGUCUAAAAUGGAAAUCAAAACAUUAAAGGCAGAACAGCCCGGAAGACAAUGAAAUGUUCUCAAGAUGGCGCCAGAGGUUACACGGGAAGGGGAGGAGUGAUAAUGCGAGAUAAUAUACACACGGGGCAUUACCUAUCGCUACCAUCUUCUGCAGUCCGUUUCACGCAGGUGCUACCGUUGAAGUUGCGUCAACCGUUGCGGCAAAACAAGCUGGCGCGCUCUACCAUUGCCCCAGCCUAGUUCAUGCAGUCGUACGAGACGGACAACAACAAAAAAAAAACGGGAUAUUUCACACCCACCGUUGUUGUGAACAAGAAAUCCGAGAUGCUAACAGCGUAACGUUGCAGCGAGAUGCGUUGCGCGACACCUGCACCGAACACCGAACGAAAAUGGUAGCGAUAGGUGCGCCGUGACGCUUUACCGCGAGGGCUAGAGCGACGGCAAAACGCCGAAUUACAACCGGAACAUUGCGACAAGGGCCACGAUUUGAUGCCACCUGUGUGCGUAUGCAAAUCUGUUGACCAAAUCGGUCUCAAUCGGCUCCAAAUCUAUUUCCUUAAAAAAAGCAUCGGUUGAACGGAUGCAGUUAAAAACAAAAACGCAAUUUCGCAUUGUGAGCGUAAAAAAAGCAAACUAAAAAAACAAACAAACAAACAAACAAAAAGCAUACAAAAACAUAACAACUCCCCUGGGAAAAGAUCGUAGCGCGUUCUGACACUUACUAACUAAACAAUAUACGAGUUUUACCUUCCUUCUUGGGUGUGAUUAAACGUAAGAAAAUGCAUCUCUUAAUCCGACAAUCGUGACAUAGUUAGCAGAGAGAAAGGUCCCUCGAUGUAAAACAAAACCAAAACAAAACAAAACAAAAAAAAACACACCCACCGUGGUGGCAAAUUGUGGUUGUUAUAUAAUACUGUAAACAAAAAGAUUUGAUAUUGCUAUUUGUAUACACGCGUGGCAGAAUGAUCAUGGAUCACGCACCGUGCCCACCGUGUCUGUCUGUAUGUAAGUGUGUGUGUGUGUGUGUGUAUUUAAGAUGUUUAAGGGGAAGGAAGGAGAGGAGGGGAAGAAAGGGGGGGGAGAGGGCGAAGAGCAGGAAGUGGUGGUGCACAAGAGCUCCGAACAGAAGUUUAACUUUAGCAAUGCGUGUGUCAAUAGACGUUUUUGGAACUACUUUGUUCGUUACAACUUUCUACUACAUAUCCGGAACCGGUUCCGUGACAUAUCCAGCAACAUAUAAAAAAGGCAGACAAGAGGAAGAAGAAGAAGAGUAUGCCCACGUUCCUUUAAGCACAGAAUUGAUUCCAGUAACUCGUAGGAACGGACAGAAACAAAAAUGGAGAGAAGGACAACAACAAAAAAAAACAUAUAAACAAUUACGCCACUUCCCUUUUGAUGUGCGUUACCGCGUAAAACUAAUCCGCGACCGUAGCCCCGCUCUUAACAAAAGUGUGCGUUUUGGUCCCCUCUCUCCCACUGCCCCUUCCCCAACCACUGAAGAACGUGAAGCACGUCGCUGCCGCCGCGACAAACGACAAAAAAAAACCACCGAAAAGGCCCCUAAGGCGCUACCCAUUGUGCUGUGAGCGGGCGGGCUAGAUAGAUAGCGUUUUAUUUUUUUUUGAUUGCGCAAGAAGGUGCGCAAAAAAGCCAUUGUGCAGCCUCGAAACCCGAACCGCCUGUAUAAAUCCGCUCUAACAAAACAAAAAAAAAACGGCCCCUCCCUAAAAACGAGAAACAAUCGGAAACUGUACAGCGAGUAAAGUUUCAACCAAAUCGUGACAAUAUUUAAAACUGAAACGGAGGGUGAGGGGGAGAAGGGAGGAAGAGGGAGGAAGAAAAAAUCACUCACAACCCUCUUCCGCCCCCCCCCCCGUCACCCUCCACCAGGCACUGUUCCAAACUUCCGCACGCAACCUAAACCCGAGAUGAACGUUCAUUUACUUCCGCAGUGAUGCUUGAGGGAAGUGGUGUUUUGCUACACUGUUACAAUCGCAUGUGCGUGUGUGUGUGUGUGUGUGUGAAAGAGAAAGCAUGAGAAGGCAUGAGAAAAAGGAAUCUAAUUCAACCAAAGCUAAAAUUCCAAUUGGAUCGUAAGCCCACCAAAAGACCAUACGAAAACAACUAGAAACGAAAGCUACUUUUGGCGGGACAGUAAACCCGAGAGUGUGCGAAAGCAAAAGUGAAGCGAACAGGAAGAGAAAAAAAAAACCAUCGCAGCACAGCACAUCGUAACAGUGCCGUUUGCUAGAGUGAAAGUGUUUUUGGUAUGCCCAGCAAACGGACGCGUGGCGGAUUGAGGCGGGAUACGUACAGCGCUGCACUAAAUCAGCGGGCGGUGCGGAACAGAGCAAAAGCAUAUUUUUAAGCAUUUACUGUUAACAAUCUUAAACAAACAAAACAAAAAAAAGGGUAUAUUUUUUUGAUUCAAGGGUUUUCCUAGUACAUUACCAGCGUUUUCCCUCUCGGCGCGCCAGACAGGCAGAAGAAGAAACACUGAUUGUUGUUACAUUUAGCGUUAAGAUCUCUAUACAAUAAAGCCAGGAAGAAGGAGGGGGGAAAAUAUUAAAAAAAAAAGAUAACUAGUUGAUGAAUGUUUACAAAACUUAAAAAUGACACAUCAUUGUACAACAAAAGCAUAUAUAUAUAUAUAAAUAAAGAGCAUAUACUUAUACUUAGUGAAGCAGUGAAACAAAGAGAGCGACAAACAGCUGAUAAACCGCCCUUACUAUGGGGUCAGGUACUAAUGGAGGCAAUGGCAUGGAGAGGAGGAGGAAGCUAACAACUCUACUGAUUGUUGAUAAUCCGACAUUUUGCAACUCUAUGUGAUUACGAUGUAUAUCAAGUGAAACCUAAGAGAAGAAAGAAGAACAAAACAAAACUCUCUCACACACGCACACACACACACACACCCAGAUACACAAUUUAUGAAUGCUCACGCUCUCCCUCACUCUCUCUCUCUCUCGCAGCGGCAACACGCACAUGUGUCGCACAUUUUGAGCAGGGCAUGGAAAUGAGUAAAAUAAAUAAACCAUAAAACAUAAAACAUGAGACGCAAACCAACCCACCCGAAACAUUAAACGCAGCAUGCUACAGCGGUAGCUGAAGCGGAACUUGCCAAAGAGGAAGAAGAAGUAGAGAAGAAGAAGAAGAAGAAGAAGAAGAAGAAGAAGAAGAAGAAGAAGAAGAAGCAAAAGAAAUUAGAAGAAGAAACACUUCGCGACUAAUCAAACCGAUCAAUAAAAGCAAACAAGCAAAAAAGACCAGAGAGGAGUAGCAACGGCUAAAUACAAAUCAAACAGCAAUCAGCAAAUAGUUAAGCAUUCAGAUAAGCAUAUAUACAUAGAACUAUAGCUGUAUCCUGGCAAUUUGAUAAAGCAACCAAACAGAAGAAGAAGAAGAAGAAGAAGGAGAAAAAACUGAACAGCGUGUGGGCGGAUGGUGAGCGACGUAA